GGUCAGAAGGCUUGGAUAGAGAAGACCUUUUCAAAAAGAGAAUGCAUCUAUGUAAUUGCCAACAACAAAGACGUUAGCAGGUGCUGCUGUGGCCAGCUCAUUAACCAGCAUAUUCCACCUCCUCCGAGUAUAACAGCCAAUAAAAAUGGAGAAGAAACAAAGCAAGUGGAAGCUCAGCCGGAGAAAUGGUCCAUCAGUAAACACACCCAAACCUACCCAACUGAUGCCUAUGGAAACCUUGAAUUCCAGGGAGGAGGACAUUCAAAUAAGGCCAUGUAUAUCCGUGUGUCGUACGACACGAAACCAGAUGCUCUGCUGCAUCUCAUGGUGAAAGACUGGCAACUGGAACUGCCCAAACUCUUAAUCUCUGUCCAUGGAGGCCUCCAGAACUUUGAAAUGCAACCUAAAUUAAAGCAAGUAUUUGGGAAAGGUCUGAUAAAGGCUGCCAUGACCACGGGAGCUUGGAUUUUCACUGGGGGUGUUAGUACAGGUGUCAUUCGUCAUGUGGGAGAUGCCUUGAAAGAUCAUUCUUCCAAAUCCAGAGGACGGAUAUGUGCCAUAGGAAUCGCACCGUGGGGCAUUGUAGAAAACAAGGAAGAUCUGAUAGGAAAAGACGUAACACGAGUUUAUCAAACCAUGUCAAACCCUCUAAGUAAGCUCUCUGUGCUCAACAGUUCGCACACGCACUUCAUUCUGGCAGACAACGGGACGCUAGGUAAAUACGGAGCUGAGGUCAAGUUACGACGUCAGUUGGAAAAACACAUUUCCCUCCAGAAGAUUAACACUCGGCUGGGACAAGGUGUUCCUGUAGUUGGGCUCAUAGUGGAAGGGGGUCCCAACGUGAUCUCCAUCGUCUUAGAGUGUCUCCGAGAAGAGCCCCCUCUCCCUGUCGUGAUAUGUGAUGGUAGUGGACGAGCAUCAGAUAUUCUAUCGUUUGCACACAAGUAUUCAGAAGAAGGAGGGAUAAUAAGCGAAUCCCUUAGGGACCAGCUUCUAGUUACCAUCCAGAAAACCUUUAACUACAACAGGAAUCAAGCUCAUCAGCUGUUCGCCAUUCUUAUGGAGUGCAUGAAAAAAAAAGAACUUAUUACCGUGUUCCGCAUGGGGUCCGAAGGGCAACAGGACAUUGAGAUGUCUAUCCUAACUGCUCUCCUCAAAGGUACCAAUGCAUCCGCUCCAGACCAGCUCAGUUUGGCUUUAGCCUGGAAUCGGGUAGACAUUGCACGCAGCCAAAUCUUUGUCUUCGGACACCACUGGCCACCUUUAGGAAGCCUUACAGCUCCUGAUGGUACAGCUCCUGAGAAGGAAAAGAAAUCUCCAGCACCUCAGACUAAAGCAGCCAGAGGGAAAGGAAAAGGGAAGAAAAAGGGGGGGAAAGGAAAAGAAGAGCCAGAAGAAGAAACAGACCCAAGAAAGCUUGAACUUCUGAACUGGGUGAAUUCCCUGGAGCAGGCUAUGCUGGACGCACUGGUUCUGGAUCGAGUGGACUUUGUGAAACUACUCAUUGAGAAUGGGGUGAACAUGCAGCACUUCCUCACUAUUCCUCGACUGGAAGAACUUUAUAAUACCAGAUUGGGUCCACCAAAUACGCUGCAUUUGCUAGUCAGAGAUGUGAAAAAGGGAAAUCUUCCACCAGAUUACCACAUCAGCCUAAUAGAUAUCGGUCUUGUACUUGAGUAUCUCAUGGGCGGAGCUUACCGCUGCAACUAUACUCGAAAAAGUUUUCGGACUCUUUAUAAUAAUUUAUUUGGACCAAAGAGGCCGAAAGCUCUUAAACUACUCGGGAUGGAGGAUGACGAGCCUCCCACCAAAGGGAAGAAGAAGAAGAAGAAGAAAAAGGAAGAAGAGAUCGACAUUGAUGUGGAUGACCCAGAAGUCAGCCGCUUUCAGUAUCCCUUCCAUGAGCUGAUGGUAUGGGCCGUGCUGAUGAAACGGCAAAAGAUGGCACUCUUCCUUUGGCAGCGAGGGGAGGAAACCAUGGCCAAGGCUCUUGUGGCCUGUAAACUGUACAAAUCCAUGGCCCAUGAGUCUUCUGAGAGCGAGCUGGUGGAUGACAUCUCGCAGGAUCUGGACAACAACUCAAAGGAUUUUGGCCAGCUGGCUGUUGAACUCUUGGAUCAAUCUUAUAAACACGAUGAGCAGAUUGCCAUGAAACUACUGACCUACGAACUGAAGAACUGGAGCAAUUCUACCUGCCUGAAAUUGGCUGUGGCAGCUAAACACAGGGACUUCAUUGCUCACACGUGCAGCCAGAUGCUCUUAACAGAUAUGUGGAUGGGGCGACUACGCAUGCGGAAAAACCCAGGCCUUAAGGUUAUAAUGGGGAUUCUCUUCCCUCCCACCAUCCUUUUCCUAGAGUUUCGGAGUCAUGAUGAUUAUUCUUACCAGACAUCCAGAGAAAAUGAGGAAAGCAGAGAAAAGGAGGAGGAAAACGCGGAUGCCAAUGCGGAUACAGGCUCCCGAAAAGGAGAUGAAGAGAACGGGAAAAAAAAACAGAAGAGCCUUCCAAUCGGAACAAAGAUCUAUGAAUUUUAUAAUGCGCCUAUUGUCAAAUUUUGGUUCUACACA